AUGCCAGUCACGCUUAAGGUCGCUGGCUCUUGGUCCGGGCAGGUCGAAAUUCCGUCCCUGACCGAAUGGACCGUGUGCGAGCUGCGGGCGGAGCUUUCGCACCUGUCCGGGAUCGACGCGGGCAGUUUAAAAAUCAUCUGCGGUGGGCGCACGCUUAAAGACGAGGCGGAGGCGGAGGGAGAGGCGGAAGGGGAGAGGGGGCGAGCGGGGGGAGCGUCGACGGGGGCGGAAGAAACAGUUGCGGAGGGGAAUACUGGGGAUGUUGGGAAGGGGAAUAGCGAGGGGAAUGGGGAAGGGGAGAAGGGGGAGGGGAAGGGGACGGGAAAUGCGCUGGGAAAGCGGAAGGGCGGGCGAGGGAGGAGUUUAGAGGAGGUUGGGGUGAGGGCAGGAUCACGGCUUUUGGUGACAGGUGGCGGCAGGCGGUUGGGCGGCGAGAUUGCGGCAGAGGGGAAGCGAGUGGUGGAGGAGGAAGCUGCGAGGAAAGAGAGGGAGGAGAGGUUGACACGAGUGAGCUCCCUGGUGUCUGGUCUGCUGCUGCACUCCCACAGUCGCGCACUCCUCAGCAAAGGAACCUUCGUGGAAGCCCUCCCUGUGCUCGAGAUGGCCGAGGAAGCAUUCAGCAUCUGCGAUGCCAAGAUCACAGAGUCUAUAGACAACAUCCCCAUGCUGCUAUUGGACAUCGUCGCAGACGAGUCAUUGGCCAGCCUGGCAGGCAUGGGCUUCUCGGCCAAUGAGGCGAGGCGGGCACUGCGCGUGGCAGGCGGUGACGUGAGCCGGGCGGCAGAGUUUGUCAUCUUGCAACGGCAGCGGGAGGCAGAGAAGGCAGAAGAGGACAGAAAGCAGAGGCGGAUGGAGAGGGAGCAGAGGGCCUAUGGGAGGACGCCACAUGGCAAGAAGGUGGACAUGCGGCUGCUGGAUGAGCUGGCAGCAUACGGCUUCAUGCGGCGAGUGGCAGCAGAGGCACUCAGGCAGAGUGAGAACCACCACCAGCGGGCCCUAGACGCCCUUCUUGACCCCAGCUCCCUCGCUGCUCUCGAGGUGGCAGUGGCAGAGGGGAAAGCGGAUGGUGGCAGGAGGAGGAGGUACAGCAGAGGCGGUGGUGGUGCUGGUGCUGGUGCUGGUGCUGGCGGCAUGUGUUCUGAUGACUCAGUGGCCGCUCUGGUGGCACUGGGUUUCUCUGCUCAGCAAGCCCGACAAGCUCUAGAGGCCAGCAGGCAACGAUGGAAGCAGCGGCAGCAGCAGCAGCUCUGGUGGAAGGGAGGGUAUGGGGCAGCUUUUGAGUCCACUCAAAAGUCAUUCUCCGCAUCCCCACAUCUUUCAUCCACACCCCACACAGCCCGACAAGCUCUAGAGGCCAGCAGCAAUGACGUGGAAGCAGCAGCAGCAGCUUUACUGCAAGGGGAGUAUGGAGAGGCAGGAUCUGGGGAGGGCGGGGACAGUGGGGAAGGAGGGGAAGGGGAGGAGGGAAACGGGGCAGGGGAAGGGGGUGCAGGGGGAGAGGGGAUAGAGGGAAGUGGGGGAGCAGGGGGGAUGGAUGUUGAGGGAGGGGAAGGGAGUGAGGGAGGGAGUGAGGGGAGUGAGGGAGGUGAGGGUAGUGAGGAGGAGGAGAGGGAUGAGGAGAUGGAGGGGGAGAUACGGAAGGGAGUGAGUGGGGAUCCCUAUGCUGAGUAUGACCUGGAUGUCUCGUUAGAAGCUGCUGCGAUUGAAGAAUACUCCAAGCUUAUUAUUGGUACCGGUAACAGUGAGAAUCUCUGA